AUGGUCGGACCUCCUACGAAGCGCCAAAAGCGUGGUGAAGUGCCCGAAGGAAAACUACCACAGAAGAAAUUCUUCCGCCAAAGAGCACACGCAAAUCCCUUCUCGGAUCACAACCUCACCUAUCCCGAGUCACCCGCCGCCUUCGACUGGGCUGAGCUUUACCCAGCAUAUGCAGUAAAAGAGGACAAGGAGAACCAGGAUGCGUCAUCUGCACAAGAAAAGAGUGUGGGAAAGAUAUCGAAACAGGUCGAGGUGGCAGACAUUGGAUGUGGCUUCGGCGGCUUGCUGUUCGCACUGGCUCCCAUAAUGCCCGAGACGCUACUGCUGGUGACAGAAUAUGUCCAGACCAAGGCCAAGGCAUUACGCUCGCAACACACCGAAACCCAGGCUUUUCAGAACGUCGCGUGCUUGCGCGCCAACACGAUGAAGUUCCUGCCCAACUUCUUCACCAAGGCUCAACUCAACAAGAUCUUCCUGUGCUUCCCAGAUCCGCAUUUCAAGGCUCGCAAACACAAGGCCAGAAUUGUUAGCACAACGCUGAACUCGCCAGGCGGUAUCAUCUACACCAUCACCGACGUCGAGGAUCUUCACAACUGGAUGGUCGAGCACCUAGACGCCCACCCAUCCUUUGAGCGCGUCUCAGAGGCCGAGCAAGAAGCCGACGAGUGUGUGGCUGUCAUGCGUCAAGAGACCGAAGAGGGCAAGAAGGUGACGAGAAACAACGGUAACAAGUAUGUCGCUCUCUUCAGACGCCGAGAAGACCCUGCAUGGCCCUGA